CCUAACGUUAGCAUGAAACUCAACUCAACUCACUCUUACUAAAACAAGACACCUCUUGUCAUCUCAUACAUAAAUCCGUUCUAUCCGUCUGUGAUAACCAACUGUUGACAUACAACCAUGUUAUAGUCUCAACAGCCAUGGACAACUAUCAGACCUCAUCAGAGCAACCCCAGUCGGAAAGCCCAGAAGGAUCGCCACCUAAUUACGAUAACAAUAAGCCCUACCAUUCUAAACGACCUCACAAGAAGUCGCGAACUGGAUGUCGCAAUUGUAAAGCUCGCAAGGUUAAAUGCGACGAGGCUCGCCCUGUCUGUCGAUCAUGCAGAUUGCGCAAGGCUGAUUGCGUGUAUCCGACUCCCGCAGCCUCAACUGCUCCCUCUUCAAAUAACAGCAUCACCAAUUCUCAACGACCGCCGGAACCUCUAUCCGCUCCUCAGAAUGCUCCUUCGCCAGACGUCGUCUCUAUCUCUUCUAGCGAUGAGCCUAUGGAAGAGGCUGGGCCGUUGACCGUCUCGCCAGUAUUCCGUCAUGGUCAAAUGGACGUGACAGAUAUGAAGCUUCUCUGGUUCUACACCAGCUCAACGUGUACCUCUUUCUCAGUGGACCAGGGACCCUCGAACCCGAUCAACGAUGUUCUAAGAAACAGAAUGGUUCAGGUUGCCUUUGAGAACCCAUUUCUCAUGGAUUCGUUAUUUGGUCUCGCAAGUCUUCACAUGCAGAGUCUUGAGCUAAGCCAUGACCCUGCACGUGCUCUCACCUAUCGCGCUCGUUCCUUUGAGGGAUAUCGCCUGGCCGUGGAAAAAGCACAGCCGGAGACGUUCCCGGCGUUAUUAGCCAAUUCUCUAUUGCUCACUGCUCUAUCAUCUCAAAACUUCCGCGAUGAGGAUGGUAAAAAGCUUUACUUGAUCGAUUGGAUGAUUGUCUGGAGGGGAAUUGGCCUCGUUAUUGACCUCAUGGGCGUUGAGAAACUCAUUGACUCGGGCCUUUAUUGUUUGUUUAACAGACCUUCUGUCGACGUUGAGCAGGCCACAAACCACAUUCCUGCUUGCCUUGUCUCUAUGCUCAACUCCAUUGAGCCUAGCGAUCCAGACUAUCUCAACGUGGAAACCUACUACGAGACACUUCAAUUCCUCGGAUCUUUGUAUCAGAACUUGCACGAUGGCUUCGGGCCCACCAUGAUGCUGCGGAUCAUCACCUGGUUCACCUUUGUGCCCCGGAACUUCGUCCAGCUCGCACGCGAAUUGCGCCCCCGGGCUCUCAUCAUUCUCGCCUACUAUGCCGCCUUUCUCAAGUUCCCUUCAGAUGUCUGGUGGAUAAAGAAUGUCGGAAACCGUUCACUACGGGAUCUUUGCGAGCACAUCGGCCCAGAGUGGCAGCAAUAUCUUCUCGUCCCGCACAUGGCACGCCUCGUCGAAGGUGAGCUCGAGCUUGGAAGAGUCUUGUUCGAAGAUCCAAAUUGGUCACCGCAAAAACCCAACAGCCUACGAUUAGAUCCCACAGCAUCUAUCACCCUUGUGGACGAGAAGGGAAGACGAGUUAAGUGGAUUCCUGCGGAGAAGAAGCUCGUGCUCAUGGAUUCAAGAGGCCAAAUUAUAACAAAGGGAGAGGCUAUUGAGAAAUGGAGGACUGACAUGAACUCCACCUUUACAUUCGAUCCAUGACCGAACAUGUUCCAUGGUGGAUAAUUUGACAGAAUCAAUAUUACAGGGAGUCAGGGAACGAGAGGAUGUUUGGGAACGGUUUAUUGGAUACCCGUGAGACUUGAAGGUCUCCUUUUUCAGCAAAAAUAGAGUCAAAUUUAUGUAUAACUGCUAACCUUCCACUUCUGCUAUUAACUCUAUGAGGUACUAAUAUAUCGUAC